UCUAGUAACAGUAAAGCAUAUCUCGGACGUUGGCUGUUUUACUUGUUUUGACCUGAAUUUGCGAUGUUUUCGAGAUAGUAUGCCACGAUGUUAAUACACUACGAAGUAAAUAUUAAUCGCUUGUGGUGACUUGAUCCUCUUUAAUUUUGCAGUUUGUUUAAMCUCUGGAUACGACGGAGAUAACUGUGAUACUGACAUCAACGAGUGUGAGAAGUACAAAGACAAACGGCUGUGUCAUUGGCAGAACGGCUGUGUUAACACACUCGGUAGUUACAGGUGUACCUGCCCAGCAGGAUUCAAAGUAUCGGUUAAAGACUUCAGGCUUUGUGAUCCAGAUCCACCACAAAUCUACAGCAAGCCUGUUACCCUGACAGCCAUGUUUGGCGCCACGACUGUAUUACCUUGCCAGCAUAAAGCACAACCCUUAGCUAUAGUCAAUUGGCAACUAGGAAGCCGAUUGAUAGCCAUUAAGCAAGCAAACGGUGCAACCCAAACCAUUAAUGACGCAAAGCUGACAGUACGUCAGGACGGUGGUCUGGUUAUCAAGUCAGUAGCAUAUGGUGACGCAGGGGACUUUUUUUGUGUUGUACUUAAUAUUCGAUUCUUGGCCAGCGUCAAGCACACACUCAAAGUUGAAUCUGUUCCACUGAUGGGUGUUGGACACCUUAUCAGCGGUAACUACACAAAACAGCAUGCGUAUCAUGUAGGAGACAACGUGACUAUUGAUUGCCAAGUGAUUGCUAUGCCGGUACCUGUGAUCUCAUGGACUAAAAACUCCCAAGCUCUUCAAACGACACAACGCUUAAAGGUUACACAAACGAAAAUUGAGAUUGCACCACUUCAGAUAGCAGGUACUCUUCAAUCUAGACUUGAAAUAAUUGGAGUUCAAACAUCUGAUGCAGGAACGUAUACAUGCAACGCAACGAAUACACAUGGCGUUACUAGUAAAGCAAUAUCGGUAUCGGUUACGCAAUGAUAUCGCAAUUGACGUUUCUUUAACGCAAAGAAAUGUUUACAAGGUGACGCCGUCUCGUGUGAGACGUAAGUGACGCAAUGGUUGUAGAACAAACACAACCAAAAUAAACACAACAUUAAACUAAUGAUGUAAUUAGAAACGAAACAGUUGCAGUUGCUUUUAUAUAAAACAUGUAAUUGAUGUGCUCGAAGUGUGUAAUUAAUUGGUUUAAAUUUUUUGCAUAAUCAUCUGUUGAUUUUACAGUCAACGGUUGAAAUUUGAAUACUAUACCGUACACAUCAGAGGGUCUUGCUAAAUUGCUUAUUUUUAGGAAUGUUAUUCACAGACAAAUAAACUGUUCCAUAAACAAUG